AUGGACCAAGCGUGCGCGUUCGGGCCGGGGAGGCUGACGCUGCUGACGUUUGAUGGUGAAACCGUUGAUGUGAAGCCGUUACAGAAGGUCGGCGGCGACGGCGUCCACGUCGUCGUCGCGGACUUGGGCGCGGGGAAGGACACCGUGCGGAUUCUCGACGACUUGCAGCGCGCGUAUCCGACGCCGCGAUCAGACGCGGACCGGGAGCUGCACGCGUUGCUCGGCGAAAACAACUCGGCUGUCGUCGACGCCGCGAUCGUCGCGAUCGAGUCCGGCGACGCCCCCGGUCUCGGGUUCGUGUAUCAGAUGGCGCAGAGGGGCUUCGACGAGAUCGCCGGCGUCGCGUGCCCGUCGCAGCUCGGCGAGCGCGGGUCGCCGAAGCUGCACGAGGUGCUGCGAUGCGAAAAGUUGAAGCGCGCCGCGUGCGGGGGGAAGGGCGUGGGGUCGCAAGGCGACGGGUCCGUGCAGUUCGUGUGCGACGGCGCGACGCGCGCGGCGGAGGUGCGCGCGAUCCUGAAAGAAGAGUUCGGUCUAGCGGACGCGAUGACGAUCGUGAUACCCCCGAGCACGAGCGCGUAG